UGGACAUGAGUGGGGGAUAACUAUCAUUUUCCAAAAUCAAGUGAGAAAGUUUUAGAGAAGGAGAUGGAAGGAAAUCCGUUGUCAGUAGAAAAUCAGAGUUCAGAAAUGCAAGAGAUUAAGUAUGAAUGGGCUGUUGAGUUUUGUCGGUUCUUCAAUUACCCAAAAUCUUUAUCAUCAACUUCAACUUCAACAAAUCUAAAACCUAAACGUAGAAAAAUUGGUCGUGGAACUUGGAUCUCUUCAUCUUCACUUGUUUCUUUAAAACUCACAUCCGAUCCUUCAAAUCCUGGACAAAUCCUCGCCGUUUGUCUUAAAGAUUAUGUUCUUGAACAACACUAUGUGUGCAAUUUGAAUCUUGUAUGGCUACAGGUGUCAGAAAGCGCUCAAUGCCUUCCCAUGGGAAGUAGAGUUAUUUUUGCAAAUUACACAGACAGACAUAAUCAGAUUCAGAAGUUUGCCAUGCGAUUUGUGGCAGUAAGUGAUGCUCAAGCAUUCAUGGAUUUCAUAAAAGUGCAAUCAUCACCACUUGCAAUUAUAGAACAGUAUGUUCAGUUCUCUUGUCAGAAGAGUUUUACCGACGAGAUGGAGAUUGGAAAUUUGGAAACUGGUUUACAGACAGAAAUCUCAUAUCCAUUAGAGUUUGGCUCUUCAAAUGAACAUUCUUAUUGCCCCGGAUCACUUCAGAGUUCUGUUGGAGUAGGAACAGAAACAGUAACAACCUGCAAUGCAUUAGCCUAUCUCCAGGAUGUAAAGGACAUGUUUCAGGAUAGGAAUGAUAAAUACGACGAGUUCCUUGAAGUCUUGCAAGAUUUCAAGGCUCAAAGGAUUGACACAACAGGAGUUUUAGCUUUGGUGAAGGAUUUGUUCAAAGGGCAUAGAAACCUAAGUUUGGGCUUCAAUACCUUCUUACUUAAAAUUGAUGAGAUAACCCUCCCACUCGACACAGACGAGUCUCUUCCAAAGAAGUGUGUAGAACAGGUUCCGGAGAGGUUGAUGGAUAGGAUGGAGAUUGGCAAUUCAGAGUCAGAAUUACAGACAGAACUCUCAUCUUUGUUUCAGUUAGUCUCUUCAAAUGGACCUUGUUACAGAAUGGAUGAAGUGAGCCUUCUGAAUACACGUCCUGCCGAGGCUUCUAAAAAGCCACUAUAUGCAACUUGUUCGCCGAAGCUGGCACCAGUUGCUGCAGACACUUCUGAGCUGCCACCAGAUUCCACUUAUUUACUGGAGAUGCCACAAGUUGCAACUGCUAUAAGUAACAACUUUGAGCAAACCAAAUGCUCCCAAGAACAAUCACUUAGUCAAGACUUUCACUACUGUAGAUCCUUUCCCAUCAGCUUCACCGCACAAUUGACCACUUGUACUGCUGAGGCCAAACAAGAAAUACCUGUUAGAUUCUUCCUUCCAUGUUACCAGAAUUGGUGAUUGACUUCAUCUUUCCUAGGAUGACUGCGAAUCAUUAUCGAUAAAGGUGCUAAAACAUUUGCUAUGUAUCCUCGCCACGUUUUUCUUCAGACUGAACUAUUUCAUGUGCAUUACCUAGUGUCUUUGUUGUUUCAUGUUUUUUUUCGUCUGAAAUGAUGCUGGGCUAGUUAUAUUUUCUUCUUUUUUCUUCCAGAGAUGUUGAUAAAAGUAAAGGAAGUUGUCAACAAAAUAGGAGGUGAUUCUGAACAAGAGAAGCAACUAUCAGUUCCUGAGGAACUUGAUAUCAAGUCUCAAAUCAUGAAAUAUAUGUCCGAUGCUUCUUUCCAUGAGAUGUUGACAAAAGUAGAGGAAGUUAUCGGGGAAGUUGGGGAUGUUUUAGCGUUGUAACCACUAAGCAGCCCCGGUUUAACAGAUAAUAUAGUUUAUCCUUGGCUCGCUGGCAGAGAUGAGCAUGUAAAUGUUUAUACAAAUUCAGUUUUUAUUGUCCAUUCGGUUAUAAUGCUCACUCCACUCCUAAAUAGAUGACCUAGUUCAAGUUUACACCAUUCUUAAAGCAACGAGGAGAGGAGAAUUUUUAAAUAUUUUUUAUAAUUAUGCCCUUAUAGAUAAUUACUUGUCUAGUUUAGAAA